AAUGAAUCAAGAACUAAAAGUACCUUACAACCUCUCCUGCAAAAUGCUGAUUGGUCAAGUACACUCUCUGUGUGGAAUCAAGAUGAGGGCAUUAACAGCAAUCAAACUGAUAUAUACGCAUUCAAAAACAGAAUCUUCUUCAUCAAAGCAUUUCAUAAUAUGCUACCCACUCUGCAAUAUCUCAAAAUUCGCAAAUCUCACGUAUACAAAAAUAAUAUAUGUUAUCUAUACAAGUCAGUAGUAGAAGAUCAAAUUCAUCUUUGGACUUGUCCCACAACUA